CAUAACCUCAAACGUCAAGUAAUGACACCGCUCUUUAUAAACAAACUAAUUCGCCUUCUGUAAAGUAACAAAUUCCAGUGCACAAAGAAACCGAAAACAACAACAAUGUCCAGCCUUUUCGGUUGGGAUUUGUUGUACAGUUCCGUGAAGGAUGACAUCAAUUCCAACGAAGAUAUUUUGGUGUGUUUGACCCAUUUGGUGUUGGUCUCGAACGGCUUCAAAUGCAUCGGAAUCGGCGAGUCCAAAGUGAUCGACGGCUCUGAAACGAAAUCCGAAGCCUUACCGAAAGGCUGGAACGACGAUUAUACCUUGCGUUACGUUCUCCAGGGUAGAUUGUACAACCUUAAGGGCACAAUCAUCGAUGACACCAUCAUGAUCAAUUUGUUUCGCGUCGACGAACGCACAGUUUCUAUGAUCCAGCUGGACAGGAGUGCCGUCCAGCAGAGGAACGGCAACCUCGACGAGAUGAUACCGGAUCAGGAGAACCUGGUGGAUCUGAUCAAAAAGCAGCUGAUCGAAAAUGUGACGGUGUCGAAACGGUCGAGGGAAUCGUCCAGUCAAACGGAACCGGCGGCCCCGCAGCACCCCCCUUACUUCGUGGAGAGUGUGGAUCCGGUUAGGUCCAUACUGGUGGACGGCAGGAGGCCGCCGAACUACGGUCGUGCAGACUUGGAUCCGUUCAACGGCAUGGACCCACUGCGCGGGCCCCCCGGUUUGAUACGACCAAACGGCGGCGGCGGCAUGUUGUUCCAGCCGCCCCCCGGCUUGCCGUACUUGCCGCCCGGGACGCCGCCGGGUGCCAUUCCACCGGGCGCCAGGUACGACCCGUUCCGGCCUCCCAAUGUCGGGUUUCCGCCACGCAGGGACCCCAACAGGCCCGACAACGACGAAUUUCCCCCGCCUGGCUAUGACGAUAUGUUUAUGUAGGGUAGAUUUUAGACAUUCAAAUGUUAAUCUGAUAAGAUUAUAAUUUUUUUAAUAAUUAUAUUUCUGGUUUAUUACACAAUAAAGGUUGGAAAAGUU